AUUGGACGCAAAGCGGCCAGUCAAAGGUUAACUUCCGGGUGUUGUGUAAAGCAAGAAGCUAGCUAGUAAACGAGCCCCGAUAAAUGCUUCGUAACGUUGCUUCUCAAGAACGAGGUGAUGCUGUCGGAGGUCCUGCAGGUGCUUCGUGGGGCCACUAAAGUGGGCUCGGCUCUGGUCUCCACUCAGGGGGAGCAGCUCCGGCUGAUGGUCUGUAACUCCUCCCUAGGAGCAGGAGUCAGAGCUGCUCAGGAUGUGGUGGAUUCACUGACAGCCGCCAUCAUGGGCAGCACCGAUCGAUCUAUAAAGGAGGACGUGUUUCCAGAUGCGGAGGGCUGGGAGAACAUGGACCCAGGUGAAGCAGCUAAAUGGGCUGUGGGGUCUGAGUCCUCUCCUCAUAAUGUGGAGCAAAGCCAGGACCCUGUAGGACCAGCUGGGGGGAUGCACACAGUCGAACAUUCAUCUUUCCUCGGUGUUAAACCUGGAGGGGCCGGCUGGCCAGGGCAGAGCACUCGCUUUCUCCAUGCCGCCCGCCAGCGGUGCUACUACUACCAGACCAGGUGUGUUCACAAACCCGCCGUGGCCAAACUCACACCAGAGGACAUGAGGAAGGCCAGAGAGGUGAAGCAGGCUCUGGUCAAACCAGCCAGACAGAAGCUGAGCGACCACGCCAGGGAGAGGAAGGUUCCCACCACAAGAAUCAGCCGACUUGCUAAUUUUGGAGGACUGGCUGUGGGACUAGGACUUGGUGCCAUAGCAGAAGUGGCCAAACAGUCACUGGGUGGGAAACAAAAAGGAGACACGCGUGCCCUGCUGGACUCGCCCUUCCUGUCAGAGGCGAAUGCUGAGAGAAUAGUCAACACUCUCUGUAAGGUUCGGGGAGCUGCCCUCAAGAUCGGACAGAUGCUCAGCAUUCAAGAUAACUCUUUCAUCAGCCCUCAGCUGCAGAAGAUCUUUGAGCGGGUCCGGCAGAGCGCAGACUUCAUGCCCACGUGGCAGAUGAAGAAGGUUCUGGAGGAGGAGCUCGGUCCAAACUGGAGAGAGAAGCUGUCAUCCUUUGAGGACAAACCGUUCGCUGCAGCUUCCAUUGGCCAGGUGCAUCGUGGCGUGUUAAAGGAUGGAAGAGAGAUUGCCAUGAAGGUCCAGUACCCGGGAGUGGCUGAGAGCAUCCAAAGUGACAUCGACAACCUGAUGUCUGUGUUGAAAAUGAGCGUAGCGCUGCCAGAAGGUCUGUUUGCAGACAGCAGUUUGGAAGUUCUCCAGAGGGAGCUGGUUUGGGAGUGUGACUAUCGGAGGGAAGCAGCUUGUGCCAAGAAGUUCAGGUGUCUGCUGGACGGGGACGACUUCUUUGACGUUCCAGCUGUAGUCGAUGAGCUGUCCAGCAGCAGGGUGCUGGCCAUGGAGCUGGUGCACGGAGUUCCUCUGGAUCGCUGCGUGGACCUGGACCAGGAAACACGGAACCAGAUCUCCUACAACAUCCUGCAGCUGUGUCUCAGAGAGCUGUUUGAGUUCAGGUUCAUGCAGACGGAUCCUAACUGGGCCAACUUCUUCUACAACUCCGACACCAACAAGGUGUUUCUCUUGGACUUCGGAGCGUGCAGAGGCUACCCAGAAUCCUUCACAGACGACUACAUCCAGGUGGUUUUUGCAGCGUCCGUCGGGGAUCGAGACACCGUUCUCUCUAAAUCCAAAGACCUGAAGUUCCUGACAGGCUUUGAAACCAAGGCCUUUAAGGAUGCCCACGUGGAGGCUGUGAUGAUCCUCGGUGAAGCUUUUGCGUCUGCCGAACCCUUUGACUUCGGCACUCAGAGCACCACCCAGCGCAUCCAGAGCCUCAUCCCUGUCAUGCUGCGCCAUCGCCUCACUCCACCCCCUGAGGAGACGUACUCCCUCCACAGAAAGAUGGCUGGCUCCUUCCUCAUCUGCUCCAAACUGAAGGCCCAGAUCGCCUGUAGGGACAUGUUUCUGGACGUGUACAACGCCUACAAUCAGAGGAGGCGGGGCGAGCGGGCGGCGCAGACCGCUUCCUAACCAGUCCGGAGGGACGUGUCCUUCGUAGAAUCAGACUGGAUCUGGACUCUGUCAGUUAGUUACUGGCUCUGAUGAAGAUCGUUAUGUUCUUCAUGUUUCCUCCUGUUCCUGCUUCAUGUCUAACAUCAUCAUGAGGAGACAAGCCGCCUGCUAAGGCCUUGUUCCCUUUUGACUGAAGACACGGUUUCUGUCAGAGAAGCACCUCGGCUCACUUUGGAAUGAGCUCACUUCAUUUUUAUAGAACUCCAGAGAAUUGUGUGUGUGUGUGUGUGUGUGUGUGUGUGUGUGUGUGUGUGUGUGUGUGUGUGUGUGUGUGUGUGUGUGUCAGAUGUUUCCUAAAAAUCCUGAUUUUAAUCUCACCUCAGCUUCGUGUGUGUGUCAUUUCUUACGUUAUCGGUGUGAAUAAAGUGUGUUUGUUA